CUAUGAUCUUCAUCCAGAAUCACUUUACCCGACGCUUCACUGUGUAGGUGCCUGUCAUGUAGUAUUUUGUGUGUCUUUACGGGUCGAGUUUCCUCCCUAGCCCAGUCGAGCACAGCCGGCAUGAUCGCUUCCGGGACUCUCCACUCAAAUGUCACCUUCAAGACCCGAGAGGCAGCGUACCAGGACAUUGACAGGUUGCUAUACCUGUCGUGAACGCAAGUUGAAAUGUGACGAUACGCGUCCAGCCUGUAAAAGAUGCCUAGCGUUGGGCGUUCAAUGUCAAGGUUACGGGGUCAAGCUAUCCUGGCUCGCCUACGAGCCUGGUUGUCCAAGCAGAAAAGAAGCAAAGCCUAAGUCAGAGCGACGCCAAAGUUCAUCUAAAGGCCGCAAGAAUAGUCCAUCCGAGCCCUCUAUCCGUCGUCGGCCUUUAUUCACAGAUCGCGAACGAGCAAGUAUGAUUUGCGAAGUCCAGCGGAAUUUCUUACACGGCGACCACGACAGCAAUAUCGAUCAUGCAAUCGACAUGAUCGACACGUUAGCUGAGAACCUCUGCGAUGAUCCACAAUCUACCCAAGACAUUGGCCCUUUUGGGGUCUUUGGUCUCGACACUUCCACCCAAAAAAGUAUGAUCGAUGACAGUGGCUUCAGUACUUCAGCUGUGGACACGACAUCCUCAGCUGGCGGGGAAAAUCCAACUUCGCCCGAACUUGUACAGGGAGAAUUGUUUCUUCUCGACAACGGAAACGGUCCAAAUGUUGAUCUUGAAGAGGCCGCUAUGCCCUGGCUAGCGGGUCUGGACGAUAUCGCGCUGCCGUGGCUUGAUGGAUUGAACGACAAUUCUGGUCCAAUAGCGGCAGACCAGUUCCUUAACCUAAGCUCAGAGAAUCCAGCCCAUCCCCUUCCAAGCUUCACUGACUACCGGCACUAUGCACUGAACGAUGUGACCCAAGCGGCAGCCGCCAUGAAUAUCAUCAUACCGCCGUUCUACGACAGACAGACACCACCUGCGGCUCGUACGAGGGCUGAAGGAAUGUUGGCAUCCGGUACCCCGGACCAUCCGCAUUGGAGUGGACACUCCAGUUUGAGUCGAAUUCCAGGGUCAUUGUCCAACUUGGAAAACAUCUCGCGCAUACCAUCUGAAGCCCGUUUCCUAUUGGAAUACUACUCCACUGAGGUGGUGAACUUCAUGUGCCACUUACCGAAUCCUCAGUCACCUUGGAGGACCAUUCACUUCCCUUGUGCCAUGAGUACCAUGGCGGACCUCUUGGUGUUUGGAAGCACGAACAACGCUCGGAUGGCGCUCUUCUAUGCUUUACUAUCUAUUUCGGCCAAUCAUCUUGGUUCGAAGAUCCCUUGGUCGACACAAUUGGAGAGCCGUUCUCAAGACGCCGCAAGGGAAUCUGGAUCCAACGCACCAAGUGACCCGAGAGAAAUGACCAACUAUUGGUUGACAAAAGGAGCCACAUUUCAAAACAUGGCCACGACGCAGAUACAGGCUUGUUUGCAGAUCCAACAGAAGAGUUGCGAGGACCAAGAAGUCUAUCGCGAGCUGCUGAUGAGUUUGUUAAGCAUGGUCACCAUCAGUGUUACGAGCGGAAAGCUUGACAAUGCUCACUUCUACCUUCAACGAGCCAACAAGCUGAUCGAGAUGUUCGUUGCCCGUUCAUAUGGCUCAUCGUUCAAAUCCAGUAAGAUUGCUGCAUUGCAUCAAAUUUACUCGUACCUGCAGAUCAUUUACAGCAGUACGCAUGUGUCCAAAACGCUGGGGAGAAAUGAGCAGGGAAGGGACGACCUUGUACAGGACGGUCACGAACUAAACAACGCUGCGGCCAUUGUCGGGCCGUUGGCACUACGGAAUGAUCUAGACUCACUUGCGCAGCACAAGGACGAUUAUCAACUUUUCGCCAAAAUAUAUGGUGUACCACGGUCUCUUCUGACACUCAUAUCUCGUGCCUCAGCACUGGCCAAGGAGCUGGAAGACGAGGAAGAAAUAUCAAGUGGCAGUUCUCCGAGUGAUUGCAAUUUACGAACCCGCUGCCAGCUCCUGGAAGACCAAAUCUGUAAUUGGCAUCCUAUGAAUGACGAGGUAUCUCCAACACCGCCCUUGACCCCCUAUGAUCCUGAGGUUGGGUCGCACCUAGUCCAAGCAAUGCAUGAUGCUCUCAUUGUCAUGUUCUUCCGCAGAGUGAGGCCAAUCAACCGGAUGGUCCUUCAACACUACGUAGAGAGUGCAGCCGAUCAUCUCAACGAGCAGGAGGAAGUCAAGGGUCGAACGGGAGUCAACGCACCCGCCCUUCUUUGGCCAUGGUUCAUGGUCGCUUCGGAAUCGAUUCGAGACUCGGUCCGAGGCAAGCUACGCUUGUGGUCGAGUCUUGCAAGGCAAUAUGGCGGACGAAACCUCGAGAUAGCCGAACAAGUCGUGACUGAGGUCUGGCGAAGACAGGACCUAAGGCUACGCAACUCGAAUUGGUGGGACGUGGUUCGCGAAUGGGAUGUCACCCUGGUUCUCACCUGAAUCGCUUGCCUGCUAUAUGUACCAUAAUAUCAGAGAUUAUUAUCUGUCAUAAGUCGACACCCGAGAACUGUUGCUCAGAACCUCGCAUGCUUAAGUACA